UGCAUGUGGGUCGUCCGGGCAGCCGUCGCACACCGCCGGUCACUGUCCUCCAAGUCUUCAUCCAUCAUGCCAACCAUUCCAUCAUUAGUCCAAACGGCUGCACAUCCCAGUGCGCCUUCAACCUUCUCCAUCGCUCAGUUGAACAUCUUGGCCAGCAACUUGGCCAAACCCGACCGAUUCCCGUACGUCCACCCCCCACUGCUGGACUGGGCCAUACGCAAAGAGAUUCUGGUGCGGCAGCUGACCUCAUUGCAGGCUGACGUGCUGUGCCUGGAAGAGCUAAGUGACUACUGGACAUUCUUCCGCCCGACCUUCCUCGCGUUGGGCUACGACAGCGUGUACGUGAAGCGGCCAUCAGGCCACGUCUCCGAGUGGAGUGGCGAGAAAAAGAUGGACGGGUGCGGUUUGUUCUUCAAACAGUCCAAGUUCCGACUAAAGGAGGUUGAGAGCGUCAACUUCUCGGACGAACACGAUCGCGUGGCGCUGCUGGUGCUGCUCCAAGAGAUCGCCACCAACCAGCUCGUGCUCGUGGGUGCCACCCACUUGUGGUGGAACAGCAGCAAAAUCGACCACCAAAUGAAACAACUGGUGGAAUUGCACCGCGAAAUGGCAGAUUUGACCGAGUUCAUCCACGCCAAGUACACCGAGGACCUUCCCGCUGGCCGCACCGUUCCUGUGGUCGUGUGUGGCGACUUCAACAACUCCCCGUCGUCCCAGCUGUACAAGUACAUGGAGAACUCGUUCCUCAGACCUGACUGGACAAUGAAGAGCGCGUACGCCGACUACCGCAUCGCCGACGGUACAGCCGACACUGGAAGCAACGAACCUCUGCAUACGACCGUCAACUUUCGACGGUGCUGGGCCAUCGAUUACAUCUGGUACUCGUCCGAGCAUGUACGCCCAUUAUCGUUGCUGGAGAUUCCAUCCGAAGCCGAGUUGCGGUCGGAAGACGGACCGGCGGGAUGGCAGGACAAAUCCCUGGGAAAUCUCCCCGCCGACACCACAACGACCAACCAAAACGGGAUCCCCAACUCGGUGCACGGCAGCGACCACGUACCCUUGCUGGCCACGUUUGCGUUCACAAGUUAACAAGACAUAAACAAUCGUUGGGAUUUUGCCUCGCGUUCAUCUAU